UCUUGGCACGACGCGCGAUGGUUGACAAUCCUUACCUCGCUCAUCGUCACCCUUCCGAGCGCGGCGCAGGCUCUUCUAAACCCAUGGCGGCAGAGAAGGAGCCCUUAUUUGGUUUCGUCCCCCGCCUCGUCAAGGGGGACCAAGUGCGCUCUGCUCUCGAGCACGAGCUCAACCCCUUCACCAAGCAGCCACACUCCGCACAAUACAAGAAAAUCCUUGAGCAGCGAAAGAAGCUACCUGUGUACGGCCAGAUGGAUGACUUCUUCAAGAUCUUCAGCGAGAACCAAAUCAUUGUGAUGGUUGGAGAGACGGGAUCGGGGAAGACCACGCAAAUACCGCAAUUCGUUGCCUACUCCGACCUCCCCCACACGAAAGGCAAGAUGGUGGCUUGUACUCAGCCGCGUCGAGUGGCGGCUAUGUCAGUUGCGAAGCGUGUGGCGGACGAGAUGGAUGUCCAGCUUGGUCGACAUGUCGGAUAUUCCAUCCGUUUUGAAGAUAUGACGGAACCCGGAACCACCUUCCUCAAGUAUAUGACCGAUGGUAUGCUCCUCCGCGAGGCCAUGAACGACAAUCAGCUCUCACGGUACUCCACCAUCAUCCUCGACGAGGCGCACGAGCGCACCCUCGCUACCGACAUCCUCAUGGGUCUUCUGAAGAAGAUCGCACAAGAGCGUCCCGACCUCAAGAUCAUCAUCAUGUCCGCUACCCUCGACGCCCUCAAGUUCCAGAAGUACUUCGCCCUUAACAGGGGCAAGGGAAAAGACAAGGACACCGCACCACUAUUCAAGGUUCCCGGCCGCACGCACCCCGUCGAGGUCUUCUACACCCAGGAGCCGGAACCAGAUUAUGUCGAAGCCGCCAUCCGCACCGUUCUCAUGAUUCACCGCGCUGAAGAGCCAGGCGACAUCCUCCUCUUCCUUACUGGUGAGGAGGAAAUUGAAGACGCCUGUCGAAAAAUCAAGAUCGAAGCCGACGACCUCGUAAACUCCGACCCCGAUUCUGUCGGUCCCCUCAUCUGCAUUCCCCUCUACUCGUCCCUUCCCCCGCAACAACAGCAGCGCAUCUUCGACCCUCCCCCAGCAGGACGUCCAGGCGGGCCUCCCGGCCGCAAGGUCGUGGUGUCGACCAACAUCGCCGAGACGUCGCUCACCAUUGACGGCAUCGUCUAUGUCGUCGACCCUGGUUUCUCCAAGCAGAAGGUGUACAAUCCGCGAAUUCGCGUCGAGUCACUGCUCGUCAGCCCGAUCAGCAAAGCGUCGGCGCAGCAACGUGCUGGUCGUGCCGGGCGUACGCGACCAGGCAAGUGCUUCAGGCUGUACACCGAGAAGGACUUCAUGGGCGAGCUGGAGGAGCAGACGUACCCUGAGAUCUUGCGGUGUAAUCUGGCGAACACCGUCUUGGAGUUGGUCAAGUUGGGUAUCAAGGAUCUCGUCCGCUUCGACUACGUCGACGCUCCGGCACCCGAGACGCUCAUGCGCGCCCUCGAGUUGUUGAAUUACCUUGCCGCUCUGGACGACGAGGGCAAUCUGACACCCCUGGGCGGUAUCAUGGCCGAGUUUCCGUUGGACCCGCAGCUCGCGAAAAUGCUCAUCGUAUCUCCGGAGCUGAAGGUCAGCAACGAGGUACUGACCAUCACAGCGAUGCUCUCUGUCCCCAACGUCUGGCUUCGCCCGAACAAUCAGCGGCAGCAGGCAGACGCCGCGAAGGCGACGUUCACCGUUCCCGAUGGUGAUCACCUCACCCUCCUCAACGUCUUCAAUCAGUAUAUGCAGAACAAAUACGACAAGAACUGGGCAUGGAAUCAUUACCUCUCCGCUCGGGCUCUGCAGCAGGCAGAGAACGUGCGGGAACAGCUCAAGCGCAAUAUGGAGCGCUACGAGCUGGACCUGCUAAGCAUCACCGAUGAGAAGAAAAUGUACAUGAAUAUCCGUAAAGCGCUCGUCUGCGGCUUUUUCAUGCAGGUUGCGCACAAGGAGGGCGAGAAGGGGAGCUACCUCACCAUCAAGGACAACCAAGUCGUCGCUCUCCACCCCAGCUGCGGCCUUGAUACGCAACCUGAGUGGGUGCUGUUCAACGAAUUCGUGCUCACGACGCGGCCAUAUAUUCGUACGGUCACCGAGAUCAGACCAGAUUGGCUCUUCGAAUACGCGGCAAAUUACUACGACCUCAAUACCUUCCAGGAUGGUGAGACGAAACGCGCGUUGGUCCGAGUUGCGAAUAAGCGCGCCGGAAAAGCUACGGGCAGGGUUGAUGAACCGACCAGUAAACGCGCAACCAAGAAGCAGCGUACGUAGGCGGAGGGGUGUCGCAGUCACGCUCGCUGAAUGGCGAUUGUGAGGGUUAUUGUAUAUUCUACCACUGCGCUCCGUUGCUAUCCACAGCCUGCCUCCCCGGCAGUCGAAAGAGUAAGGAGGAUCGGAAGACCAGUGGCAUAGACCUCCCCGAGCAUCCCAAGCGAAUCGAGAUCAACGGUCGAAGGAGUUGUAUAUGUAGAUCAGUCUGGCAUGUAUUCACGCUUCCCAACGACCUUGUGGAGCAUUGUUUCAUCGUC